AUGUGGCAGGACACCAGCAACCCGUACGGCGCAUCCUCGUCGCAGCCCAACUACUACGCCCAGGGCACACCCCAACAACCGCCCGACACCCCGCUGCAGUUCUACUCUGCAGGCCCAGGUGACCCAAAUGGAUUUUAUCCGGGCUCUCGUCCGAGUUUGGAUGGGCACGUCGGCGCGCAGGGGACGAUACAGCAGCAGGGCAUACCGCCUGGGUACGCUGGAAACAUACAGCCUGUGGGAGGAUGGCUCAGCGCGUUCGGGACCGGAGGGUUUGAAGGGGAACCACCGCUCCUCGAAGAGCUCGGAAUCAACUUCUCGCAUAUACGCGCAAAAUCACUCACCGUGCUCAACCCAUUGAGCAAGGUCGAGCCUCACAUAAUGGACGACGCCGACCUCGCAGGACCUUUGUUAUUCCUGUUUUGCUUCGGCGCAUCUCUGCUCCUGUCUGGCAAGCUACAGUUUGGAUAUAUCUACGGCGUAGCACUACUGGGCUGCGCUGGAAUAUACGCGCUCUUGAACUCAAUGUCCGAGUCCGGUAUUGAUGCUUACCGUGUCGCGUCAGUACUAGGCUACUGCCUCUUGCCUAUGGUCGGCGUAGGGGCGGUCAGUGUGAUGGCUACUCUGGACGGCACAUUGGGAUACGCACUUGUCCUUCUUUCCAUUCUAUGGUGCACAUACUCCGCUUCUGGGAUCUUCGUUACGGUAUUACGCAUGUCCGACCAAAGACUUCUAGUAGCAUAUCCUGUUGGCUUGCUGUACGGCUGCUUUGCUCUUCUCAGUGUCUUCAAUGGACCCACAGUUUCGAAAUGA